GUUGUCCAUGUAUCAUAAAACACGUCAACAAUAUUUGAAGUUGAUUAUUCUGGUCGGAAAUAUAAGCAGAAUUGCAUUUAUUGUUGAUAACGGCAGGAAUGGCCUUUGCCAUUCUUAUAGUGCAUAUUGCAGAAUAUACUUCCUGUGUGAGAAACUGCUCCACCUGUCUUUCACAGUCAGUGUUAAUCAAAUUAAAGAGUUUUUUUUAGCACCAUUCCGAGUGGCAGUGAAGAAAACCUCUUGCUUUAUUCACUGAUGCAUAAUACAGCUUGGAAUACUCCUCUAAAACCUGCUAAACUGAUGUCAUGUCGGAUGUGAAAGGCGAGAGGCAAGGGUCCCAGUGCCAGACGCACAGUGUGGAUGAGACCGCUCGCGACGUCGAGGCAGACGAACUACAGCGGCCGUCUCUUCAGGAGUUGGAGGACAUUUUACAUUCGGCCCCGCGCUCGUGUCGUCAUGGCGACGAGGUGUGGCCCAACCUGUAUCUGGGUGACAUGUACAUGUCCCAUGACAAGUUUGGACUGUGGCAACUGGGCGUGACGCACGUCUUGAACGCAGCUCAUGGCAAAAUGUGCUGCAAAGGGAGUGCGGAUUUCUACGGCACCACGGUGAAGUACCAUGGCGUGCCAGCCAGUGACCUGCCCACCUUUGACCUUUCACCUUUCUUCCACACCUCUGUGCUGUUUAUUCACGAGGGUCUGACAUCGGGAGGCAAGGUGUUCGUGAACUGUGCCGUGGGAGUGAGUCGUUCAGCUGCUGUCGUUUUGGCCUACCUCAUGAUCCAUCGUCACCUCAGCCUUGUGUCUUCCAUUCGCCUUGUUCAGCAGAAGCGCUGGGUUUUUCCCAACCGGGGCUUCCUGCAACAGCUUAUUGCCCUCGAUCGGAACCUACAGCGGGAGAGAGACUGAAAACCCAUCCCACACAUUGUGAUUCACUUUGAGACUCUCCUACUCUCAGGCAGUAUGUCUUAUUUAAUGUACCGUCAUUUGAUAUAAUCUGACAUGACACCACUCAGGAACAGUGCAUAAUAAUCUUGGGUAUAAUAAUAAUCAUUUGCCAUGGAGAAUGGAAAGGAUAAAGAAUGAAUUAUUUAUUGAAUCAAUAGCCUUGGGUUGUGUUUCUCAAACAGAACAGAGGGUUGUUUCGAGGCACAAACAGAACCAAUCACUUUUCUCUGCGUGUCUGAAUCGCGGUUAUGCACCGAACAUAAAUAGUAGCCAUCGCUCAGAACCGAGGCGGGUUGCGUAAGCUGGGCAUCACGCAUGUCCUGAACGCAGCCCACUCCAAGCAGGGCAGCUUAGGG